CUAAGGAGGGGUUGUAAAUAUUAUUUUACGGGUUUUGUGUUCUUGCAUGGAUUAUUGUUUUGAACAUUUGGACAAAUUCCGACAAUGUCCCAAUGAUUUUUACCAUGAUUGUAGCUUUUAAUAAAAGUUAUGCUAAAAAAACCCUGGGAGCUUGUGGUUGAAUUUAAAAAGUUCGCGAAGAAUGUAUUGUAAAUUAUGACCCUAGUACAAGGAAAUAAAGGAAGUUUUCCUUGACGUCACGAUUGGGCUCUCAUAUUUCAUAAGGGGACGAUAAGGGUUUAAACGGUUUAUCACCGCUUAUUAAUCAAAAUGUAUAUAUAGAACGAUGACAUAUUCUACAUACAGUUUCUACACAGCAGACCACCUAUAGUAGCCUAAAUAAUCUUGAAUAGCUUUGUGCUAAUGCAGAAGUUAAGAGCUCAUUGCAGAGAUCUAAAAUCUUGCCUCUAAAAACUCAUACAUUUCACAUAAUGUGUUAUACACAGGGGGUGCGCGCGCAUCCCCCCCAUUGGCAGCCGAAAAGUGGGUCAUUUCUUAUUAAGAAAUCUUCAAAUACUUUGCUUUUUACAUGCCAUAACUUCUUAAAUAGAAACCGAGAAACCACGUUUUUUGAUACUGUUCGUCCAUUGCAGAAAUCCUUUAUCGAUCCCAGAAACCACUAUCAUACACAACUUGUGGAUGUUUUAGUGAGUAGAUAUUUUUUGAUUUUGAUAGAUGAAUAUGUUUAUGAAUAACCUAUUUCAAAAAAGGUUUGUCAGUUCUAAGCCCGAACGGUGCUUCUGGGUACUAAUCAUUCGUAAAAUUAAAGGUGUCAAAUAAAGUCUAGCAAUGUCAGAGACAUACAUUUAUGAUCUUUAAUGGAUAAUUGUUUGAUUUAUCCAAAUUCUUCAGCAUUUAGUAGAAAUUUAAUGAGACCCAUGGUUCCUUUCGGUCCUAGAACUGCCAUUUGCCAAUCGCCAUUUGCCGUUUCGCACUGACAACGUUUUUUGAAAUAGGUAUAUGUAUAGUUGACAUACAUCCUCAUAUAACUAUUUUUGCACCUAAAAGAGGUAUAAAACGCUCUGAAACAAUAAACUUUUUCAAUAACAAGCUACGUUCUAUUGAUAAUCAAUAUUUUGGUCUGGAUUUUGGGAUGACCCAGAUGACCAUGUAAGCCUGCUCUUCACAAUAACAACAAUGCGGAAUUUAACAUGUAUUUUCGAUGUGAUACGGAUGUUGAUGUUUAAAAGCCACACACGUUGAGAAAAAUGAUGACAUUUGGAAUCAUUUUAAGGAGAAAGCUGGAGCACUGACAAGGAGCCGUUUCAAAUGACAAAAUGGCCAAUGUGAGACAGUUUUGGACAGUGUUGACAAGUUUACAGCCCCUAAAAACAUUAACAAGUAUAUCAUAUAAUUAUCAGUGUUGCUGAUAUCUUAAAUGGCUACAAAGCGUGAGCCAACUGCAAAGGAACAAUGCAACUGUAUGGGAAGGGGUUUUGAGUUUUGGACAGUGCUGACAAGUUUACAGCCCCUAAAACAUUAACAAGUAUAUCAUAUAAUUAUCAGUGUUGCUGGUAUCUUAAAUAGCUACAACUUGAACCAACUGCAUAAGAACAAUGCAACUGUAUGGGAAGGGGUUUUGAGGAAAGUAAAGAUGGAGAAAGAGAGAAAAACGGACGUCUUGGGGAGGGGGUGAAACAUAGUGUCUCUAGGAAGGGUACACGACCAAAUAAAGGACCACAUGGGUUAAAAGAGUUAAUUAAAGCAUAGCAAAUAACCACUUUGCUCGAAACUUUAAGUGUUAUGAGAGAAAACAUAGCCAUUGUUGAAACAUUAUUUUCUGCUAGCACGCAAUUACAACAGGAAGUGUUUCACUUGUAUGACAAAUAGAUGACGUAAUCUUUUAUGACGUAAGGCCUGGGACUGUUGGAGGGUAAGGCCAGAGAGAGGGUCGAUUUAGUGCCAAAUUCCGCAACACAGUUUUAGUAUCGGAGAGGCUUUGCGCGGCUAACAGAACAUCUGACGCGGCUAGUGCAAAUCCAAUUUCACUUUUUCGCCAAUUGCUUGCGUUGAUCUUAACACCAGAAAAGUUCGAAACUUGCUCGAAAGCGAUUUGGGGGAGCGUUAAUGACGAUGAAAGCGUCUCGAAAGCUUUCGCGCAAACGGUUUCCAGUCUGGCUUAGAGAACUCGUGGACAGCGGUGAAGCACAAGGCCUAGAAUGGCUCGAUUCCGAAAAGAAAACCUUUAAGAUCCCCUGGACUCGAGUUGAUAGUCCUGAUUUUGACGUUACUCGAGACGCAGUGGUUUUUCAGAGAUGGGCAGAGUUCACAGGGCGCUUCCGGAGAGGCGAGAGGGCAGACCCUAGCGUUUGGAAAACUAGGUUUAGAUGUGCUAUACGCAAGAUGACUGAUAUUCAAGAAGUGAAAGUUCACAAUAGCCUAGAAGAGAAGGGUGGAAACCGGCCAUACCGGGUCUUUAAAUUCAAAGGUGAUACUCCUACAAAUGACAAACACAAGCGCUCGCAGUCCCCAUCGUCAACCUCGGAAGUGACGUCAUUUGGAAUGGCAUUCCAGAAGAAACUUGUACGCGACAUGAUGAUGUCACGCAAUCCACAACAGAUGCAGAACUUGGACCACGCUGCCAACACAUUUAAUGACUGUCAAUCACAUACAUAUCAAUCAAACACCAUAUUUGGACACGCGGACUGGAUGGAGGAACCGUGUACUGACAAAUCGCUUCCUGUGGGAGUAGUGGCGGGGGAGUAUUGCGCCUACCCUACAAACUUCUCUCAAUAUGCUUUUCGAGAUGGCGAUAACGUGAGUACUGAUUAUGGCAGUCAAUUGUCAAACAGCACGACCGCAAUGCAGUAUGGGUACCUUCUGGGGGCUCCUCAGGAUGUUGCUGGGACAUACGGAGCAUGCGCAGAACGAGAGGGAACCAUGACCGAGCAAACAGAACCCGUCCCCUCCCUCCCAAGGAUCAGUGUAUAUGACGUAGAGAGGAUUUUACGUGAUGAGGAGAAUUUGGGGUUUGAUCCGGAAAUCGAGCUCCAAGGGGACGAGUUUGCGUCAUCCAGCAUACGAGAGCAUCUAUGUGCAUCUUAUUCCCGGUCAUCUGGUGAAGACGGCACGAGGACAUAUACAGAGCUGCUGUGACGUCACGAAAGGAUAAAAUCGAUAACAAAAAAAACGAAAAGCAAAAUAAAGUAGCCAGACAUGAAAACUGUGCUUGAGUUUUAACUAUCAAUUUGUCAAACAUUUUUACAUUCAGUUGUGAAUAAUUGAGGAGCAGGGAUUGUCGUGUUCUAGUCUAAAGACUAGAACAAGGACUUUCCUGUAUAUGAGAAACAAGCUUUAUGGUCCACUGAUAUUAUGGUUUAACUGCUUGAGUUUUUUUUUCCGGUAUACAACAACAUGUGUGAGUGUUUAAAAUAAUAAUGCUAUUCUAGGUUUAUUUUUUGUGUUGUUAGUCGUGCCCAUGGCCACGAGCGAGUUCAGCCUAGUCCCAGGCGUUCUAACCCGUGUUUCCUGUACUUGGAGAUGAACCGUGAGGUAGCAUGGGGGCUAGGACGAGUCGCCUACAGGGAGAUGGUUUCCUGUGACGUCACAACUCUUACCAUUCACAGGAAACCCAACCACAGGAAACCCGAUAAGAACGCCUUGGACUAGACUUUGAGUUGAGAGUUGCCUGCCAGGGUAAUCCUCAGCAAACUGAACUCAACUUUUUAAUAAAAUAAAUAGUUGUUGUUGUUUAAAAAAAUGUAUACUAUAACUAUAAGGAGUAAGAAUAAUAUGCAUUGAGAAGUCCAGAAGAAUAGAGCAAUAUACAUCAUAGCUGGAAAGAUUGUUAAACAUCUAGAAGAGCAGCGGAUCAAUGUUGAAUGCAAGAAAUUUCUGACGUUCCGAAUCCAUCCCCUGUGUAGCAGAAAUCGAUUUUUGACAAAAUAUUUUGUUUUGGUUAAGCUGAAAAAUAAAUAAACAAAAAACAAAAAA